AUGGGCUAUGCUCAGUUGGUCAUUGGUCCUGCUGGAAGUGGGAAGUCUACUUAUUGCUCAAGUUUGUACCAACAUUGUGAAGCUACUAGACGAAGGAUUCAUUUUGUUAAUCUUGAUCCUGCUGCUGAAAAUUUUGAUUAUCUUGUCGCCAUAGAUAUACGGGAGCUUAUAUCGUUGGAUGAUGUUGUGGUCCAAAUGGGGCUCUUAUGUACUGCAUGGAGCCAAAUCGAACUCUUUUCUCAUGUUCCUGUUCUGAAGAUCUUUGUGGAACAUUUGCAGCGUAAGAAUUUCAACGUUUGUGCUGUAUACCUGCUUGACUCCCAGUUCAUAACGGAUGUGACCAAGUUUAUCGGUGGUUGUAUGUCUUCGCUCUCUGCGAUGGUUCAACUUGAAGUACCGCAUGUUAACAUCCUCUCUAAAAUGGACCCUGUGGCUAGAAAAAAAGACAUUGAAGAUUACUUGGAACCAGAGCCUCAGGCUCUGCUGUCUGAACUGAAUAAGCGCAUGGCUCCUCAGUUCCAAAAGCUUAAUAAGGCCUUAAUUGAAUUGGUGGAUCAGUACAGCAUGGUGAGCUUUGUGCCGCUUGAUUUAAGGAAGGAGAGCAGCGUUCAAUUUGGAGAAGAUGCUGAUGUGAAGAUUAGAGAUUUUGACCCGGAUGAAGAUCAGGACUAAAAUGUGUGUGGUCUUCUAAGAUUUAUCAUAGUUGUUUAUGUGCUUUUGGCCUUACCGAUGAUAUUGUGAACAAAUACGAUAAAUUCUUUUGAUUAACAUGUCCAAAAUUAGUGAUCUAUGAAGGUAGUAAUGUAGGUGGUCUGAUAGCUGGGCAAGAAGUUAAAACGGUUGAUGUUAAGCCAUGGGUCAAAAUGAGUAUGUUCUCGUUGAAUGUGA